GAACUUUGACCUUUCGUGUGAUUGGUUGAUUACCAUCACAGUGGGACAGAAGUUCACGGGGGUUUCUCUCCUGAGCUCCCUCCUCUCUGUUUGUCUCAGAUUGGAUUUAUUGGUGAAGUGAAGGUAAACAUUGAUUGAGCUGAAGUCUUUGUUUCAUCGUGCACUUUUACUCCCUGUGGGUUGAAGGUUCGACCUUCAGAGCUGACGGUUGUCUCUGUUGUGACGUCUGUAUGUGUGCAUGCGUGCAGAUGAGCUCUUGCAGCAGCAGGGCUCUGACUUUGCUCUCCACGAUGUUCGGGGCAUGCGGACUGCUGUUGGUAGGGGUUGCCGUGGCGACGGAUUAUUGGCUGCUGAUGGAGGAGGGCAUCGUGCUGCAGCAGAACCAAACGGUCGACGUCAAGAUGGCACUGCACUCUGGCCUGUGGAGAGUGUGUUUUAUAGCAGGUUCGGAGAAAGGUAGAUGUGUCGCCUCUGAGUACUUUACAGAACCAGAGAUUGAAAUCACCACAGAAAACACAGCAAAUAUUCUCAAGAUGGUGCGGACAGCCACCCCCUUUCCUAUGGUUUCUCUGCUCUUUGUCUUUAUGGCCUUCAUCAUCAGUAAUGUGGGCCACAUCCGCCCUCAGCGCACCAUCCUGGCCUUUGUUUCUGGAAUCUUCUUCAUCGUCUCAGGGUUGAGUCUGGUUGUGGGGUUGGUGUUGUAUAUCUCCAGUAUCAAUGAUGAAGUGAUGAACAGGCCGCGAGAACCAGAGCACUUCUUCAACUACCACUAUGGCUGGUCAUUUGCGUUCGCUGCCAGCUCCUUCUUGCUCAAAGAGGGUGCCGGUGUGAUGUCUGUGUAUCUCUUUAUGAAGCGUUAUGCAGAAGAGGAGAUGUAUCGGCCUCAUCCGGCUCUCUAUCACCCCCGCCUUUCUGAGGGCAGCGACUACAGCGGCCAGUACCUCCAUCCAGAGACCUGGCCUCCACCUCAGAGAGCACGGAGCACCUCUGAGAUCUCCAGCGACAUCUCCAUCCAGCUCACUCAGAACCCCCAGCUCCCACCGAAAACCGGUGCCCAACAGAACACGUCAUCUCCGGGAAUCACCGCUGAUUCCAGCCCCACCUCUGGAGCCGAGUACCAGAUGCCAUCGCUGGCUUCUGGUGCUCCAUUUUCCCACAAUCAUCCUCUUCACCCUGGGGCACACGGAGCAGCUGCAGCAUCCCAGCCCCUGCCCCUGUCCGCAUCACCCGCUGCAGUGCCACCCCCACACUAUCACACACAUAUGCGCAUGGGAGCCUCUCCCUGCUAAAUGAAGGUGGAGGAGAAGGUCCAGAGAGUUUUUGAUAGUUUGUUUUUAAUUGAGCUAAAGCAGAAACAUCAAGAAAGAGAGAAUUUGAGAUGCAGUUUUCUAUAUGAGAAUAUAAAGAAGUGCAAAAUAUUCUGUUUGUAACUAAAGGCCUCUUUUUUAAGAUUGAAUGUUGUUGUGAAAUUGUAGCAUAUUAAACUACACAUGGAUCUAAUGGGGGUUUGUUGCACAAUGUAAAACAUUUCGACAAUCACAAUUCAUGUACUUAGGUUUACACAUUUAGAUAAUUGUUGCCUUUACAGGUGAUAUAAAAUAUAUUCUUGAAUUUAAGACAUUAUAUAUUUCUCAUCAUGGAAUCUGUAAAUUGUUAGUUUUAGUAUUAAUAUUAUCAAAUGGUUAAGUGGGAAUUACUUAGUUAAGUAAGAACAAAUAAAAAAGAUGAACGUAUUUUUUGCAUUUGUAAUAAGAUUUAUUCAUAACAGUCGAACAGCUGAAAAAUAUUAAGCAUUUCUAGUGUAAAUACUGUGUGCCCUUGUGUUUGUUUUUAGUUCACUGCCUUACUGCACUGAUGUUAUUAACAAAUGUGGUAAGAGAGAAAAUAUAACGAAAUUAAAAAUGUUUGAAAGCUCAUAUUUUGUAACUUUGUUUUCUGAAUGUUUAAAAGUAUGUAGCACUACAAAAAUAUAUCAUCUGAUUUAUUUUUUUAGCAACUCACUCUUGUGAUUCAGCGGUCCUUGUCCAGAUUUAUCUGUAGCAAUUGAUACAGUUGACCAUUCAACACUGAUCGCUAGACUAGAGUCAUGGGUGGGACUGUCAGAAAGAGGUUUCAGUCAUAUUUAUUUAAUAAAAAGUUUGUGGUCA